AUGAUCAGCUCCUUAAUUUGGGAGUAUCAGGCUAGAGAAAAUCAGGACAAGAUUUUGAAUGCAGAGAGUCCAGUAGCCAUUCGAGUUACCCGAAUUCUGAGAGGGAUUUUACAGGCAACCCAUCGGUCAUUAGGGCUCAAGAAUGAUUUUCGGGUGUCAGUGUAUGUGCCAAGAAAAGAGUUGCAGAUGCCAAAACUAACAGAUGAUGAUGAUGUUAUUGGUGAUUUCUUCGAGUUUCGAAAGAAAGUGAGAAACUAUUAUUCAUCCCAUCCAAACAAAAGGGUUCAAAACAGGCCACUGGAAGUUAGGAAAUUCGGGAUCAGGUAUGGUACAGAACAUUUGGAGGGAUUAAACUGGGAAUUGAUGCUGAUUGAUGAUCCUGUACCAAAUGCUGCUCAUCUUCCAUAUGGAAGGAUUAUGCUUUACACAAAGUGGCUUGAAAUCCUUACAGAUGCAGAAUUGGCAACUGUCCUUGCUCAUGAGGUUGGGCAUGGUUUAGCUCGGCAUCCAUCUGAAAAUCUUUUGAGGUUACUUUUGUUCGUAUUUUUUACAUGUGUACUAGUACCUAAAGUUAAUGGCUUUGGCCUAAAAACAGCAGUUUUUAUCGGAGUUGUCAUGGUUGCAAAGAUCAUCGACCUCUUUAUUACCCGAAGGUCGGAAAUAGAGGCUGACCAGAUAGGAAUUAUGCUACUGGCCGGAGCUGGUUAUGACCCUCGUCAAGCUCCAAAGUUCCCUGAGAAAUCUGAAAAAUCCAAAGGCAGUUUGUUGUCAAGCCAUCCUUCUGGAAAGAAAAGGGCUAAGAAGCUGAGACGAGGUAAGGUGACGAGGAAAGCAGAGGACAUAUAUGAUCGCGCUCGAGCUGGUCAGCCACUUGAAGCUUUCAAAUGAACAUCAAAUUUUGAUAUCCUCAAGAUGAAUCAGGAACCUCAAUGUCCGUCAAAUGCUCACAUGGCGCCAUACCUGACUGGAAAGUUGCUAUUCUGAAACUGGUUUAUAGAGAAGGAAAUUUCGCCGUGAUGUUGAACAAUUUGUAGAACUGCCCUUCAAGUAGUAAGCCACGGCGAUGGCACGAUACAAUGAGAGCAACGUGUGGCGGAGAUGUAGUUAAUAGCCCAUAAGAGCCCUGGCUGAACUCUGAUGACAUGUUCUACUUGUAAAACCAAAUUGAGGGAUCGUCUGCAAAGAUACUUUGAG